CAAAGAGGGACGAACUCACUUUCGGUUUUGCACUUAUUAUGGGCUCAGGAACUUAGAAGAUUCUAAAUUCACACUCAGCUCCAAUGAUGCAUUUACCGUAUAUGCACUGAAUCAGUAAUACUUACGUUACAGAACCAACCUCUGUUCCCUAUAGCCCCGUCCCAUACGGGUGUCCUGUCCCUGAGCAGAGUAGGAGGCGUAAAUACGCGCGAAUCGCCUCUUGCAGCAGGAGAUGUACUAAGCGCAUUAUCCCUGCGUGACGGCCGGUGGUGGCGGGACCCGGAGCGCUGGGAGUAGUAGUGCCUGUAGGUGUGAUAGUGCCUGGCUGCCAUGUGACACACAGAGACGUGGCUGUCACCAGUGAUCCCAGUGCUGCCGCCGCCUUCUCUCGCUUCCACAUGCAGAGGACAGUACAGGACUGAUAGAGAGGAGCGCACAUCCUGCAGCCGCCGUUACAUAAUAACACAGCUCAGCAUGGGCCAGCAGCUGCAGCGCCGGGGUCUGACGCCGAAAGCUCCCUGAUCAUCUCCCCGGGAUCUCCUCCCGGCAUCUGACGUCUGUCCGGGAUCUCCUCCCGCAGCUGCUGUCACCCGCACACAGGCGCAGCUGUCACCUCACACGCCGCUCACAGCGCCUGCCUGCCGGGGGUGAGGAGGAAGAGGAUGAGCUUCUAGCAGCAGCAGUCUUAUAUCCAUAUCUCACACACAGGGGCUGCCGAUCAUUCUGUGAGAGUGAUGGCCUGAGACACCAUGGGGGAUCCGACACGGGAAGACCUCUCCUGCAGGCUGGAAAACAGUGUCACCAUUGCACAGAGGAGCAAUAGCAUCAUACCACAACUGCUUCAGUCACUGCAAUGAAUGGGGACACUAUUCAACCUGAAAGUUCCUCCGUCCCUCAGGGCUGGAAUGAGUUCUGCGAGCUUCACGCCAUCUCCACGGCUAGGGAGUUGGCAAGGCAGUAUUGGUUGUUCGCUAACCAGAACCCACACUAUGAUAUCUUGGCCGCGGAAAACUUCUCUUUGCAGUUCACAGAUCUUUUCCAACAGUAUUUCAGGAACGAAGUGAGAGAAAGCUGGGGCAUUGACCAAUACAGAUUUUUUCCCUUCAGUAGAGUAAAAGACUACAGAGAGACAGGUAGCAGGACUUCAGAGGAACCUAAUAGCACGGUUGCAGCAAAAGUGGAGGUGGAUUUGACAGCUAUCCAUGAACAGACAGAACAGACAGCUAAUGACACAGCUGUCCAACAUGUACAAAAAGCUUGGAGCUCAGAGGAGCUCCAGAGCAAUCACACUCCCCCACCUCCAAGACCAUUCAUCCGAUUCUCCUUCAAUCAUAUUAGGAGGAGUAUUAGAAAUAUAUUCAGACGGAAACCUGCAGAUACAACUCCUCCUGAAUCCAGGGAAAUUGACACUGAUAGAACAGACUCGCCCACCUGGCAUAAAAGGAUUUUGCCAUGGACUUUAACAAGGGAGCCAGUGUUUGAAGUUCGGAAAGAGGGGUAUUUAAAUUACAGCAUGGUGGAUGAGACAAGUAUGGACAGUGGAACUGUGUGGCAGAGAUGCCGACUAAUUUUACGGAAAGCAAGCCAAUUAGACAACGAGGAAUAUGUGAUGGAAUUGUAUGAUCCUCCUAAGUGCUCCAAACCAAAGUUACGGGUUCCGUGUUCUACAAUUCAUGAGAUCAGAAAAUGCACCAACCUGGAGAUGCCAGACAACGUUAACACAUUCGUACUUAAGGUUAAUACAACUGAAGUUAUUUUUGAAGUUGUAGAUGACCAGCAGCUAAAUUCUUGGACAUCAGAAAUUAAAGAGUGCAUGAACCGCGGGACAGAGGGGGCAGAUGGAGAACACCAAGUGUCUGUUCAUUCAGAUUCACCAUCCCAGAACCCCACCAGUGGCAGCACAGAUUCCAUCAUGCAAGGUGCUGCCGUCUUUGUGCCUCAAGAACAGUGCUGCCACAAAACUGACCAUUUUCUGGCUUCCUACCCCUGGUUCCAUGGACCCAUCUCUAGGGUGAAAGCUGCUCAGCUUGUUCAGUCCCAGGGGUUUGAGGGGCAUGGGGUCUUCCUUGUGAGACAAAGCGAAACGCGCAGGGGAGAGUAUGUCCUCACUUUUAAUUUCCAAGGCAGAGCAAAGCACUUACGCCUCACACUGACAGAUAGGGGUCAGUGCCGAAUCCAGCACCUCCGCUUCCUGUCUGUGGUAGAAAUGCUUCACUACUUCCGCUUGCACCCAAUUCCACUUGAGUGUGGAGCUGCAGGAGACGUGAAGUUGUCUAGUUACGUGGUGGCCGCUGUUCAUUCACAAGACCACAGCCCCACAGUCAGUACAUUACUGUUCCCAUUGCCAAUCCAGAGGUCAAGUUCAGAGCGCAGUGUCUCCCACUUCCAACAACCAAAUCUACUGCGACAUCCCCAUUCAGAGGACAUUCACCCCAGCUCGUACACUGAGCAGAUUUUCCACCUGGUUCCCCCUCCAGGAGAGCUGGCACGGAACUUCCUGCGCAAUGAGUCUGGCAGGUCACAGUCAAGCAGUCAGAGGGAGUCCGACUACGAGAUGGAUUCUUCCUCGAGGGGCCACAUGCGAGCAAUAGACAAUCCUUACACACCUCUAUGACAAUGCAGUUGUGUGCUGUAAAUAUUGAACUGACAUGUUUACUUUCCUACAAUCACAAAAGCCUUAACACAUGCUGAUCAAACCAAGAAUGUAACCUGUUUUUAUUUUUAUUGUUGCCUUAUGUUGCAGGGAUGAGUGAAGUUGUACAUCCCCACUGGGUGUUAUUGUAUUAGGCCUGUUAAAGGGCCCUUCUGUUUCCUGCCUGCUAGGCCUGUGCCGGUGUUGGGUGCAGUGAAGGGUUAAGUUGUUAGUGACUUAUCAGCUUGUUUUUUAUUACUGUUUACAAAAGGUAGUUGUGAACUAUUCCAGUUGCAGGAGGUGCAUGGAGUAAAAGUAAUCAGGUUCUUCCAUGUUACAUAUAUGUUAAUGACUGGAGCUGUCCCACUCCAUACAAUUAGCUGCAUUAAAAAACUAGUCUUUCUGGUAACUAUUACCUCUGGGCCUGCAGUACUAGUAAUACCAGGAGUGUUAGGAGCAUAUUCAAUUAGCCACGGGGUUUAGCUAUUCAGUUAAUUAGCCUUUUCCCCUCUCUGUAGUCACUGGGUUAAAGUGCGCUAACCCUUUGAUGCUGCAGAGAAUGUGGAAUCAGGAUUUCCCUACGCAUUACAAAACAGAAUCUGCAUUUUUACACCAAUUUUUUUUUCCUCGCAGCUCCUGAUGAUGCAAGGAACACUCAGGCUUCUGGUAGUAAGCGAUCAGGGUUCCCACAGCUAUCUGAGUCAGACAUAGUCAACAAUCAGCUGCGGAGUAAACUCUGUGGCUAAUUAAAUAUGCCCCUUAGUACCAGCAACACAACUAUAAUGACCUAGGCAGCUCCAUCAUUAAUCGGCUCCUCAAAUAUUAAUUAUUGUGAAAAAAGGCAACUGAAUAAGUGCAACUAUGACGGCUUCCACUAGGACAGGCUAGGACAUUUGGUAAUGGAGUUGAUAAUUAAGAUGUUCUAAGUAUCCAUUUAGGAUACAAAACCCUGUGUUAUUUUGUGAGCACAGAAAGCAUAUCCAGCUACUGAAACAAGAUGAGGGAUUUUAUUUAUGUAAUUUACAUCUUGAAGUGUAGCUGUGUGUACAGUCUUUGUGCCUUAGAUUAGGGUAACACUGGUGUCAGUGCCCUACAGUUGUUCUCUUGGCCACAGUCCCAUAGGAGACCAGUCAUUACGGAAGAUAAGCAGUAUGCCGACAGGACACAUUCAACAGUGCUCCCUUGUCGCAGGCAACCAAGUGCAGGGCACUGUCAUCAUUAUUCAUGAGCCCGUAUACAAGUGACUGCCUCAUGGAUUUCUUGACUCACCACAGGGUAUAUUUAUUGAAGGUCGAUUUUUAUUUGUUUUUGUUCAUUGUUAGAUCGAUUUUAAUCGGUGUUGGGCUUCCAGGGUUAAAACGCACAUUUACUAGCAGAUGAUUUUUUUAAUAUAAACUUUUAAAUGAUAGUAAAUGUGUGUUAUAACCCUGGAAGCCCAGCACUGAUUAAAAUCGAUCUAAACAAAAUCGACCUUUAGUAAAUAUACCCUCAUGACUCAUAUUCCUCCUCAACUGCAGGUGAGCAUUAUAGAUAGAUAUAUAUAUAUAUAUAUAUCUAUCUAUCUAUCUAUUUCAUGAAUUUUAUUUAAGCAGUGCUGCUUUAUAUUGCAGUCUGCAGAAAAACCAAGUUCACAUAUGAAAUUAAAAGUAGUCUUCUAACUUUC